AUGUCCAAUCUUAGUAAAGGCGGCACCAAGAAGGACACCAAGAUGAGGAUACGGGCCUUUCCUAUGACAAUGGAUGAAAAGUAUGUGAACAACAUCUGGGAUCUCCUAAAGAACGCCAUCCAGGAGAUCCAGCGGAAGAACAACAGCGGCCUGAGCUUUGAGGAGCUGUAUAGGAACGCCUACACCAUGGUGCUCCACAAACAUGGAGAGAAGCUCUACACGGGUCUCCGGGAGGUCGUCACAGAGCAUCUAAUUAACAAAGUACGGGAAGACGUCCUAAACUCCCUAAAUAACAAUUUUUUGCAAACAUUGAAUCAAGCUUGGAAUGAUCACCAGACAGCCAUGGUGAUGAUCAGAGACAUACUCAUGUACAUGGACCGGGUCUAUGUCCAGCAGAACAAUGUGGAGAACGUGUACAACCUGGGUCUCAUCAUUUUCCGGGACCAGGUGGUGCGUUACGGCUGCAUCCGGGACCACUUACGGCAAACACUGCUGGACAUGAUCGCGCGCGAGAGGAAGGGCGAGGUGGUGGACAGGGGAGCGGUCCGCAAUGCCUGCCAGAUGUUGAUGAUUCUAGGACUGGAAGGGAGAGCCGUCUAUGAAGAGGACUUUGAGGCGCCAUUUUUAGAAAUGUCUGCUGAAUUUUUCCAGAUGGAGAGUCAAAAGUUUUUAGCAGAAAAUAGUGCCAGCGUCUACAUCAAGAAGGUCGAGGCCCGAAUCAAUGAAGAGAUUGAGCGAGUGAUGCACUGCCUGGACAAAUCAACAGAGGAGCCCAUCAUCAAGGUGGUGGAGAGAGAGCUGAUUUCUAAGCACAUGAAGACUAUUGUGGAGAUGGAGAACUCCGGUCUUGUUCACAUGCUGAAAAACGGAAAGACAGAAGACCUGGCCUGUAUGUACAAGCUGUUCAGUCGUGUCCCGAAUGGACUGAAGACCAUGUGUGAGUGUAUGAGCUCUUAUCUGCGAGAGCAGGGCAAGGCUCUGGUCUCUGAGGAAGGCGAGGGCAAGAACCCUGUGGACUAUAUACAGGGGCUAUUGGACCUGAAAACUCGCUUCGAUCGCUUCCUACAGGAAUCCUUUAAUAAUGACCGGCUGUUCAAGCAGACCAUUGCUGGUGAUUUUGAGUACUUCCUCAACCUUAACUCACGCUCACCCGAGUACCUCUCCCUGUUCAUUGACGACAAGCUGAAGAAAGGGGUCAAAGGGCUGACGGAACAGGAAGUGGAAUUCAUCUUGGACAAGGCCAUGGUGCUGUUCCGCUUUAUGCAGGAGAAGGACGUCUUUGAGCGGUAUUACAAGCAGCACCUGGCCAGGAGGCUUCUCACCAACAAGAGUGUGUCUGAUGACUCUGAGAAGAACAUGAUCUCUAAGCUAAAGACAGAGUGUGGCUGUCAGUUUACCUCCAAGUUGGAAGGAAUGUUUCGAGAUAUGAGCAUCUCAAACACAACCAUGGAUGAGUUCCGGCAGCACUUGCAGACAACAGGGGUCUCUCUUGGUGGUGUUGACCUCACUGUAAGAGUGCUCACAACUGGUUACUGGCCCACCCAGUCGGCGACGCCCAAAUGCAACAUCCCCCCAUCGCCCAGGCAUGCUUUUGAGGUGUUCAGGAGGUUCUACCUAGCCAAGCACAGUGGUCGACAGCUUACACUCCAGCAUCAUAUGGGCUCAGCAGACCUCAACGCAACAUUUUAUGGGCCAAUCAAAAAGGAGGAUGGUUCAGAGGUGGGUGUGGGCGGUGCCCAGGUGACCGGCUCCAACACCAGAAAACACAUUCUUCAGGUCUCCACCUUCCAGAUGACAAUACUCAUGCUCUUCAAUAAUAGGGAAAAGUGCACAUUUGAGGAGAUCCAGCAAGAGACGGACAUCCCCGAGCGGGAGCUGGUGCGGGCGUUACAGUCCCUGGCCUGCGGCAAGCCCACGCAGCGUGUCCUCACCAAGGAGCCUAAAUCCAAGGAGAUUGAAAACGGCCACGUGUUCACUGUCAAUGACCAGUUCACCUCCAAACUGCACAGAGUAAAGAUUCAAACAGUUGCUGCUAAACAGGGGGAGUCCGACCCAGAAAGGAAGGAGACGCGGCAGAAGGUGGACGACGACAGGAAGCAUGAAAUCGAGGCCGCCAUCGUACGCAUAAUGAAGUCCAGGAAGAAGAUGCAGCACAAUGUAUUAGUAGCAGAGGUGACCCAGCAGCUGCGCGCACGGUUCCUGCCCAGCCCUGUGGUAAUUAAGAAGCGCAUUGAAGGACUGAUCGAGAGAGAGUACUUGGCACGGACACCGGAGGACCGCAAAGUGUACACUUACGUAGCAUAAUCACUUAAGGUGGUGCGGAAGAGCCUGCUCCGGCGAAAGUCAGGAUGAGAAUUUCAGUGGACUGUUUCUUUGCAUGGACAGAGAAAAUCCUUUUAACUAAAGAUACAAGGAAGCUGAAUCCUUCUCCAUUAAAAAAAAAAAAAGUUAAAUAAAAUCCAGACAUCUAUUAAGUGUUCUAUAUAAUUUAAAUUGGGCUUCUGUUCCCUGUAUUUCAACAUGGGUGGACCCGGGUUCCGGCUUGUCACUGUUUUACCCUUCAACAACAGCUCCUCGGGACAAAUGUGAAUGCAACUCCUUUUUUCAAUAUUGUAUAAAAGAGCAAAUAUGAAUUGCUUUAAAGACUAAUAAAAUUGUUGAAAUCUCUCUCCCGGGUUUUAAUGUUUAUGUAAAUGUAUUUUUGUGCUCAAUAGCACAACCUGCUGGUCGAAUGGAAAAUGGCCUUUAAAUCUGGUUUGCUGUUGGAUCCUAGUGAGAGUGUUUUAAUUCUGGGAUUGUGGAGACAGAGGACACUUGCGUAGCAUGCGAUGGUUGAACGAAUAGAAUAAUUUACACAACCUCUAAAAUUAUAUAUAAUUUUAUUUUUGUUUUGUUGUUGUUGGGGCAUAUUGUUAAUUUCCCAUUUUUUUCUCCUUUUGCUCCUGGUCUUCCAGAUGCAGUUCAGUGGGCUUAGGUUUUCUCGGGUGUUUAAAAAAGGAACCUCAGAUUAACAGUGUUUUAAUGUGUAUAAAUGUAAAAUAUAUUGUACUCACUACUUUAAAUGGAUUGUACAAGGCCUUGUCUUCAUCAUAUUAAAUGUAGAAAAAUGAAGAA